GAACAAUAUGUUUGAGGUUAUCGUUUCUGGCGCUGGGCCAGUAGGCUCAUUUUUUGCUUACCAGAUGGUGAGUUUAGGCCACAGCGUCCUUAUACUAGACAAAACAGCCGGCCCCACGGGUCAAAGCCGUGCUAUUCUUAUGACGUCCCGAACACUUGAAACUCUUGACAACCGAGGUAUCGCACAGCAUUUCUUGAAGCACGCGGUAGUGAUGCACGGUUCACAGGCUUUCAGCCAGGGGCACUUGGUUGGCUACCUGGAUGCAGUUAGCGAGAACACCAUGUUUCCGCAGAUGACCUGUUUACCACAAACGAAAACUGAAACUGUUUUUGCUGAUCUGUUACAACAAAAGUCAUUAACGAUCCAACGAGAAACGGAGUUGCAGAGCUAUACUCAAACACCCGAUUAUGUGGAGGCGACUAUCAAGAAAGCAGAUGGAACAACAGAAGUCGUAAAAGCGAAAUAUAUUAUUGGUGCCGAUGGAUCUCAUUCAGCGGUGCGCAAGUGUACAGAAGGAUGGACCUAUGAGGGAUACGCAGUAUCCACUCGCUUUGCUAUGGCGGAUGUUGUGCUGGAGGGCCAGGAUGCAGAGCGGUUCAAGAACGGGCGCGUUAGUGCAUUUAGCCAUCCCAAGGGCUCGGCUGCGAUUAUUCCUUUGGGGCCCAAUGUACCCAACGGCCCCUUCUACUAUCGGUUAAUGUGUAACUUGGAGCCUUACAAAUUGGCGGAUAAAAAUGCGAGAAUCACCCAUGGUUUGGUCCAGGAUACAACCGUUCCACUUAGCGAAGUCGAGAAAGUAGUCUCAGAACGGAUUGCACCACUCAAAAUUAUACCCACACACCCCGUAUGGAUUUCUUUAUUCCGCGUCAAUGAACGCAAAGCAAAUGGAUAUCGUCGUCAUCGAGCAUUUUUGAUUGGAGACGCCGCUCACUGUCAUUCACCAGUUGGAGGUCAAGGAAUGAAUCUUGGUCUGCAGGAUGCGGAUAAUCUUGCAUGGAAGCUAUCGCUCGUCCUCAAGGGCUUAUCAUCAAAUCCAGAAGCACUUCUCAAUUCGUACUCCGCCGAGCGCGAGCCAAUUGCGGAACAGGUACUCAAAUCAACGGGUGGUAUGACCAGUGUCGGCUUUAGAAACAGCAAGUUGCUUGCCUUUGUUCUAUACUACGUGAUGUCCGCUGUGAUGUCUUUCGAGAGCAUGAGAACGUUUAUCGUAUCUCAAAUGAUGCAGUUGACGCUACAAAUUCCAAAAGAUUCACCACUUCUUCUUGUCAACGCGAAUAGUAAAAAGGCUGGUUUGAUUGAGCCUGGCCAGUACUUGCAUGAAACCGCCCUACUACGGAAACGCAUUCUGACCGAUUACUCGAGUCGGUUAGAGCGAAGAACUUUGCGUGAUAUAUUACAUGGCUGUCAGGAUCAACAUGCAAUAAUCUUUAUUGGUACACGGCCGUCACGACGAACCUAUUGUCCUUGGACUCGUGAUUUCUGGAUCAAAGCCAAGAAGACUUAUUCCCCAAAAGUUGCCCGGCCUAUUGUUAUCGAAUCAACAUACCAUUCACGCGACAGCCGUAUCCCAGACUAUGUCGGCAUUGAAGAAGAGCCCCAAGCAGAGUACUUGAAAAGUGUUGAAGAUGCAUUUUGGUUGGAGGAUCGCUGGGAUGUCCACGACUCUGUCACGAAACGUGUUGGAUUAACCGCACACAUGUGGGAUAAACCAGAGACUCCUGCAGCGAUUGUAAUCGUUAGACCUGAUAUGUACGUUGCUCAUAGCAGCAUUAUUACAUCAUCCAGCGAUAUAGACUCAGCACUGGAAGUACUUUGCAGCUAUUUGCCAAGGAGCGAUAGCAGCUAAUGUACAUUGUAAAUGUUCAUAGUAUCAUCUUUAUAAAUAUGUGGUAUCUUAAGAUAAAUAAAUUGAGACGCAUUAGAUCUUGUAGCGUCUGAGAAAUAUCUACUGUGCAAUUAUCUUAUAUGUAUUCCUGUACUUAAAGCAAGUUUACAUGGA